AGCUGUCUCUCUUCGUUACACUUCGGGUAAUUGUUUUCACUACCGUUCUGGUUCCCCCCCCUCCCUUCUAGUUGCUUCACCCGCCAACAAAACGAAACGAAAAAAUGUUCUUCGACAGGGAUAAAGUGAAGCUGCAGAUCGACACCGACGGCAAGACGGCGUUUCAGCCGGGCCAAGCUGUGACCGGCUGUCUCAGGGUCGAGGUGGUGAAGGACGUGGACGUGACCGCCAUCCGUUUGUUCGCGCGGGGUAAAGAGACGACGUCCUUUACCGUGAAGAAGAGCGGCAGCGGCAGGCAGACGUCGGAGGAGUCCUACGUUCACUAUGAGCACCUUAUCACCUUCUUUGGAUUCUCCAAGGAAAGCGGCCGCACUGGCGGGGCUUCGCUGCAGGCCGGCAACUACGAGUACCCCUUCCAGUUUGUACUUCCAGUCACCGCCCCGCCGUCCUACCGAUGUCGCAUGUCUGCGGGCACGGCAGAGCUGACGUACAUUCUGCGUGCCGUCGUCGAUAUCCCGCGUGGGUUCGACGGAAAGGAGGAGGUGAGCUUCGUGGUGCUGCCCACCAUCGCCCAGCAGCAGUACGAUCAGUUGCGCGGUGCGAGCAAGGAGGCCACUAACCCCAACUUAGCCUUGUCGAUCGACCCGGGGUGCUGCGGCAUGAACAAGGACCCAGGAGCUGCGCUGCAGCUAACCGCCGUGGUGCCGAUGAUCGCCUUUAUCCCUCCGCCUGUCUACUCCUACAACACCACCAACGAGAACUACGCAUUGGGCAGCCUCACGACGGCCGCGUCCGGCGACGCGAAGGUGAUGGUGCGCCUGACUCUGCAAAACUUGUGCCGCAAAGCACACAUCCACUGCGUGCACGUGGUGCUGCAGCAGCAUCAGCGGCUCAUGGCACAGGGAAACGUGGCCGACGCGCUGCAGACGAUCGCAACGACGGAGGUGUCGCCGCCCUCGGGGAAGUUGAUUCCCCGCACCACAGCGACGUUUGACGUCCCCCUGCGGCUGCCCGAUGCGGUGCGAUAUGCGAGUAAGAUGAGCAAAAGCGCCCCGCUGCCGACGAUGGAGACGCCGUGUCUGCAGGUGUCAAACGUACUCACCAUCAGCUUUCCUGGGUUAGGGGCGGAGGCGGUGGUGACGAUUAGCGAUGUAUUUCCAGUAGUGGCCGCGAUCGAUUCAACGAACUCGGUGCCGAUGAUUCCGUGCUCCUACCGUGAGAAUACGAUAUACCCCGAAGAAAAGCUCGGCGCGGAGUGA